ACUGUAUAACUUUAAUACAAUUGAUGAUAUAUCGAAAAUAGUAAAAGAUAAUCAUAGAGAUAUUAAAGCUGAUUGUAAAUUUAAAGACGGUGAAAGUGAAAGUGAGAAAAUGAAAAAUGAAGCUAAUAAAGUGUAAAGAGAAGUUAACAGCCGCCGAGGUUUCACCGUGUUGCAGAAAGCUCUCAAUUUUCGCUUGUGCUUGUGGUGUUUUAUCAUUACUUAUACACACGUACAGUUAUAUAGAACAUAAAGAUAGGAAAUAUAGUAUAGAUGUAGAGUUAGAGGCUAGGAAUUUAAUGAAAUUAGCGAUAGACAAUGAAUUGGAGGAGAAAAUUAGGACGUACUGUAGUGAAAUUAGUUGUAGUACGCAUAGAUUAAAACGAGAUGCUAUGCUGAAGCCAUCGCCAAUCCAAGAUGACAACACGGUAGCACCACAUGUAGAAUUCUUUAAUCCAAAAAUGCGAGCGGAAUUAGAAGAGAAAGAUGCAGCAGAGAUGAAGAAGACUGGUGCAAAGGGACCAGCUCCUGGUGGUGACACCUGGGUGUGGCUUACGAGCUAUUCUAGAGUUCCUUAUAACGUCGUACAGGGCUUCUGUAAAGCAACACAGGAUUACUGUCCCCCGGGUGUGCAAGGGCCAAAGGGACCGACUGGUGACCCUGGGCCGAAAGGAGAGAGAGGGGACUCAGGGUUGCCUGGACUGCCGGGACAAAAUGGUGCUAGAGGCCCCGUAGGACCAACCGGACCAAAAGGAGAGCGGGGAUUCCCAGGAAAUCCAGGGUUAGAUGGCAGAGAUGGUGUGCCUGGAGAGCCGGGAUUAGAUGGACUGUCUGGAAGAAACGGCGCGGACGGAGCUCCCGGUAAAGAUGGACUAAAUGGUAUUCCCGGUCAUGAUGGCAGUCCCGGGAAAAACGGAAGGGAUGGCAAAGAUGGUAAGCCAGGGGCAACAGGCCCUCCCGGUUUACGAGGGCCCAAGGGCGAUAGAGGCCCUCAAGGACCAAAAGGAAUGCGUGGUAAUGAUGGCAAAGAUGGCCUCCCGGGGAUGCCUGGGUUAUCCAUAUACAACUAUACUAAGGAGAAUCAACUGUUUAUUCCACCAUCUUUCGCACUUGACAACCCACGUUUGAUCGUCAGAGAAGGCGAUACGAUGCGUAUGGACUGUAACCCCAAAGGGUUCCCAGAACCCACUAUAGAGUGGCGCAGAGCUGAUGGAACACCAAUUAUACAGGGUUCAUGGCGUGAUGCUUCAGUAAGUGGUCACGUCCUAAAUAUACCUCAUGUAUCGAGAUGGCAUACUGGGAAGUAUGUUUGUUUAGCCAACAACGGGAUGCAGCCACCAGCCAACCAGACAACUGACGUUGAAGUGCAUUUUAGUCCAUAUAUACGAGUACCAAAUAACAUCGUCUACGUUUUUAAUAAGAGCGUCAAAAUAGAAUGCGAGGUGCAAGCAUGGCCAGAACCAGUUUUCGCCUGGGAGGUAGACGGAGUGACCAUAGAAGGUUCCAGACUAAAAACUGAAGUGUCCACCACUGGAGAUACUUGGAGGUGGAUUAUGAGACUUGAGAUACCUAAUGUUAGAGAACAUGACCUUAGACAGUACAGCUGUGUAGCCAAGAAUGAGCUUAAUAACCAGACUGUGAAGGGACAUAUUCGUUUGAUGUAUCCCGGUCCAAACCAGCACAUGCCAGUCCAACAGCAGCCAAUGGAGUACGGGUCCAGACCACCAACCCUCACGUCUUACGAGGAACUCUGCCAGGUGCAGAAGUGUCCAAGCUGUCCAAGAUGUGAUAGAGCCCUGCUUCUAAUAUCAACUAUGAAUGGUACUACGGGGUAUAAGCCGAGGAGGAACACUAAUUGUCAACUUUACGCGAUCGGAAAGCCGGUGUAUCAUCGUUACAAAGAUGAGCUAUUCGGCGCCUGGCUAAGAGAUUCUAAUGCUACUGAAACUCAAAAAGAAAAGCUUUGGACAACCCAAGAGAAUGAUGUAGAGCGACUUCGGGAGUAUCGAACAAAAGCUAGUUUUAAGAAAGACCAUGUGGACGAGUUUCAUAAGCUGCAGAAGCCUUUCUUUGGUAACGGCCACAUAGUAUACAGCGGGUCAUUCUUCUACCAAGCCAACGAAUCAGGUCAACCUGGAGACAUUAUCCGAUACGAUUUGACGCAGAGCAGGAUAAAGUCUGUAGAAUUACCCCACGCAGGUGGGAAGCUGUAUACCGCACAGCAUAAUCAGGUUGAUUUUAGCGCUGAUGAUAACGGGCUAUGGGCAAUUUACUCUAUUGAUGGAUCCAAUAAUACAGCUGUUGCUAAGCUAAACUUUGAUCCUAUCAAAGACGAUUUAAAUAUAGAUUAUCUCUGGAACAUUUCGUUGAACCAUAAACAAGUUGGCGAAAUGUUUAUAGUUUGCGGUGUGCUUUAUGCUCUCGAUUCGGCUACAGACCGAGACAGUAAAGUAACAGUUGCAAUAGAUUUGUAUCAAAAUAAACCGGUUGAAGUUUCGUUGCAAUUCACAAACCCUUUCAGAAAAACAACACAGCUGGGAUACGAUCAUACGCAUAAGGAAUUAUACUCUUGGGACCGGGGCAAUCAAUUGACAUAUCCUGUACGGUAUAAUGAGUUGCCAGGACCAUAAAAUAGACAAAACUUUUUUUGAAAUGUUUACCUAAUGUAUUUUUUUACUGUAUGUUUGAACUAGGUACGACUGGAGUAAUUUUGUAAAUUUG